GCCUUCCUAUGAGUGAAGAGAAGCGCCCAGAAAGCACUUUGACAUUCAACUUGUUCUUUCUUGGCGCCCACGGCCACGCAGACGUGAAUGCCAAGCGCGCCCGAUUUUCUGAGAUUGUCGCAUUUUGGGUGCUCCAGUAUCCUUGGUACAAUGAAAGAUUUCAUCUCUCUCUGUCCAAUGUAUUGGAUUUACCAACACCUUGUUUAUGUGGUCAAUUGAACUUCGGUGACUGCAUCGAAGACGAGUGGUUUGCAGUGUGGAUUCUUUUACAGUUGACCAAAGAUGAUUAUAACGUUGCAAUACAAGUUACCGACGAAGAUGGUGAGUUCCUGCUAAUUGAAGCGGCGGAAGUUCUGCCAAAAUGGUUGAACCCCGAAAAUUCGGCCAACCGUGUUUGGCUCUAUCGUGGACAAGUUGUAAUAAUACCAAUCAAGAAGCCUGAUUCCCUUACCUUGUCGGAUGCGAUGACUGCUCUCCAAGAUGUCUUCACCAACCGGUCGUCGGAACCAUCCUUCGUAGCAGCUGUUCAAGAAGCAAUUAAGCUUAGAAUAAGCCGCUUCCCACAAUCCGCAGGACAUUGUGCUCAUUUACUCCUUCCAUAUCCUGUCGCGGCCAUCUUAACGCUGCCGGCCUCCGAUUCCCUGAUUGGUGCAGCAAUACUCGCUUUGGCCAACUCCGACAGUCGCACAAGGCCUUCUAGUCGUUCACGAAAGUCGAAGUGUAUUUUAUUCUCACGCGGAUAUCAGCACAACGCAGACAUCAUUGCAACUACAACACAGUGGCCGACCCUUCUUGCCCUGUCCGACCAAUUCGUGUUGAGGCCUUGCAUGUUCAAUCGAGUGCAUUAUUCCAGAUUGCGAUCUAUCCCUACUCCAACUGGAAUGAAAUAUCCGCGACAAUGCUCUUCUGCCGCAGAACGUUUGGCCACUGAAUUAGGUAUCAAGCUGUCUACAGGUCUUGACCUGAUCCUCUCUUCUUCACCUCCCGGUGACUGGUCAUCUCUUGAAUCCGGUGUGGCAGACAGCGAUCCGUCCUGGUUGAACUUCUGGAACUCUCUCCAAAGCCGUCUUACAGCAUCGGGAGGCGUCGAAAAAUUGAAGGCGGACGCUAAACUAUACUACAGAGAUAACAUCUCGGAAAUAUGCUCACACAGAGCGGAUGAUUACUACAACUGGAGUGCUAAGCAUCCGGGCGCUGCGUUACACCAAAUGUUGGACGCUGUCGAACGGAGCAGUGUCACGGUUCCUUCUGUUGAUCAGUUUAUGGCACAGGAACCCACCCUGCCCCCUGCAGAUGAUGAUUCGUGGAUGUUCAUAACUCCUGAAGAAUUGGAUGCUGAGCUCACUUCGCACUACUCGGCUGGCGCAGCGUGGUGUCAGAAGUCUGGUUCAUCACAAGAUGUGGAGUCGAUCGCAUCGAAACUGAACAAUUUUAUCUCUGCCUCCUCUUCUUUCAAAGGGGUGGAUGUAUCCAAGGUUGGAGCCAAACGCCCUUCUCAUUCGACUCCUUUGGGUGACUCUGUUUCGGACACUGACGAUGGCGACUCUUCUGACGAUUCUGAAACUGGAUAUUCCGAAGCGAAAGAGUUGGUGCCUAAAGUUGCAACUCCAAAGUUCAGCAACUUGCCCAUUCCAAUGGGCAACCUUAUGGACCGUUUGAUGUGUCAAGUUGCUGGAUCAUCGGUGCGUAACUCUUGGGAAAAUGGUGCACCAAAGCGUUGGUCAACCAACAAUUCACAUCGCAGCGAUCGCCCGUCUUCUACUCUUGCAUGCGUCACCAGCUCUAGCGAUGAAGAUCUGAAUAUGUAUUCUGCAGGCUCCGAUUUACGAGCUGAUUAUGAUCGUGCAGUCAGUGCCAUAUAUUCCGGCAACUCUGCUGAUGAAUAUCCUGCGAAGGUUAAGCCGCAUAUCUCAAAGCGCGUUUCUUCCGCACAACCACCCGCCUCCACCACGCUCCAUCAGGUUGCUUCCUCCACUUGGACGGCAAUGAAGAGCGCCCUGGGUGAGUUGGAGGAUUCCACCAGCGACGAAGAACCGACGGCGGGCGAAGCUCGCUGGUGGUCCACACGCGCUUCCAAAUCCCUUCGUGACGCUAAGACAGACGACAUGCACUCGUCGCCUGAUGCACUCGCAUCCUCCUCCUCGGGUGACGACGGAGGAACUUUCGAUGAAUACGUCAGUCAGUUGGAAAAGGAGUUGUUUGAUCAACCAGUCAACGUUGGUCGGUGCGUCACCUCCAAAUCCCCUACUGGAUAUCAUUCUGUGCUCGCGAGAAAUAGAGAUGGUAUUUCCGACCGGAAGAAAGCUCGCCGAGUCCCGAUGAAUGUUCCUUUGGCUAUGCCGGAGAACGCAGAUUCGCUUGAUCAAAGUGAUCAAAGAGCUGAUUGUGAUAUGGAAGCAAAUCGCGUUUCUUCCGCACAACCACCCGCCUCCACCACGCUCCAUCAGGUUGCUUCCUCCACUUGGACUCUAAUGAAGAGCACCCUGAGUGAGUUGGAGGAUUCCCCCAGCGACGAAGAACCGACGGCGGGCGAAAUUCGCUGGUGGUCCACACGCACUUCCAAAUCCCUUCGUGACGCUAAGACAGACUACAUGCACUCGUCGCCUGAUGCACUCGCAUCCUCCUCCUCGGGUGACGACGGAGGAACUUUCGAUGAAUACGUCAGUCAGUUGGAGAAAGAGUUGUUUGAUCAACCAGUCAACCUUGGUCGGUGCGUCACUUCCAAAUUCCCCACUGGAUAUCAUUCUGUGCUCGCGAGAAAUAGAGAUGGUAUUUCCGACCGGAAGGUAAAUGUAUUGUCAAGUUAG